AUGAAGUUUUUCCAUGGAUUGCUGUUGGCGCUACUACCUCAUAUCUGUCAUUGCGCUCGAAAGAGUACAGAUGUCAAUUUCGACGAAUAUCAAUCCAAAUUCCUAGCAUCCCCUCCCUUGAAGUUAGACGACAACAGCUACGAAGCUCUGACUUCUUCGCCACGGAAUUAUUCAUUGGUUGUGCUCCUUACGGCACUCGAAGCUCGCUUUGGCUGCCAAUUAUGCAAGGAAUUCCAACCCGAAUGGGAAGUAUUAGGCAAAAGCUGGGCGAAAGUAUCCAAGAACGGACAGAGUCGGACACUUUUUGGCACAGUGGACUUCAAUGACGGCAAAAGCACGUUUCAAAAAUUGAUGCUUCAAACAGCCCCUGUGCUCCUGCUUUUCCCUCCAACUAUGGGUCCUGAUUCCAAGCCCGAUGAUCAACCCAUCCGCUACGAUUUUACAGCUGGCCCACAAUCGGCGGAACAGAUACAACAUUGGAUACGCCGCCAUCUUUCCUCAGGACCACACAUCCCGAUUCGACGGCCGCUGAACUAUGUCCGGGUUGUGACCAUGACGACAAUCGUGCUCGGCAUCUUGACUUUCUUGGGUGUCGCAUAUCCGUACGUUGGCCCCUUUCUCCAGAACAGGAAUCUUUGGGCCGCAAUCAGCCUUCUCAUCAUCCUACUUUUCACGAGCGGUCAUAUGUUCAACCACAUUCGAAAGGUGCCAUACGUGGCUGGGGAUGGUAAAGGAGGCAUCAAUUACUUUGCUGGUGGCUUCUCCAACCAAUUUGGAAUGGAAACUCAGAUAAUUGCGGCGAUUUAUGGCACGCUUUCCUUUGCAACUAUCGCUCUCGCACUUCGUGUACCUCGGAUGACAGAUCCUAAGCGGCAGCAGGUUGCAGUCAUUGUUUGGGGAAGUGUCAUGUUCGGCAUGUACAGCUUUCUGCUAAGCGUUUUCAAGGUCAAAAACGGUGCAUAUCCAUUCCACCUUCCGCCUUUUUGA